AUGGUUGUCCUCGCUGCCUCCAUCUGCACCCGAGGCGGGAAAGCUGUCCUCUCGAGGCAGUUCCGUGAGAUGCCCAGAUCACGCAUCGAGGCCCUCCUCGCAUCCUUCCCCAAGCUUGCCGACUCGGGCACUCAGCACACCACCGUCGAACAGGACAACGUUCGCUUUGUCUACCAGCCGCUCGACGAACUCUACAUGGUCCUCAUUACCAACCGCCAGUCCAACAUCCUACAGGACAUCGAUUCGCUCCACCUAUUCGCGCAAGUCGUUACCAGCACCUGCAGGAGCUUGGACGAAAGGGAGAUCCUGAAGAAUGCCUACGAAUUACUGAGCGCCUUUGACGAAUUGGUCUCCCUAGGCUACAGGGAAAAUCUCACCAUCAGUCAAAUCAAGACCUUCCUGGAGAUGGAAAGCCACGAGGAGCGGAUCCAGGAGAUCAUCGCACGGAAUAAAGAACUAGAAGCGACCGAAGAGCGCAAGCGCAAGGCGAAGCAGCUGGAGUUGCAACGAAAGGAAUCUGCAAGGAGCGGACGUCCCGGUGUGCCACGAACACCAGUGUAUCCAACCUACACCCCGCCUACUCGGCCCACGCCUGCAGACACGUACGAUUCCUACGAAGCGGAGAAGAAUAAGUCGGCGCAUAAGACGACUAUAAUGAAAGGCAAGGGAAUGCAGCUGGGCAAGAAAUCAAAGACCACAGAUAUGUUCGAGCGCGUUCGAGGUGAUAUGGGUGCGGAAGUAGACGAUUCGCCUCUCGUGCAGCCCACUCCUGCGCCAGCAGCAGAACCCUCCGCUCCGCGCGUGUCGUCUACCUUGGAUCGCGAUGCUAUCCAUGUCACCAUCAACGAGUCUAUCAGCGCGAAAUUAUCGAGAGAGGGAUCGGUCAAUUCUUUGGCCAUCACCGGCGACUUGACUCUGAGGAUAUCCGACCCAAGCUUAACCAAGAUCAAGCUCAACCUAGCCGCGAACGCAUCACACGGCGCCCAAUUCCGUACCCACCCUAAUGUUGAUCGUGGGCUCUUUGCAAGUUCCAAGGUCAUCCAGAUGAGCAAUGUAGCACGGGGCUUCCCCGUGAAUAACGCCGUCGGCGUACUGAGAUGGCGAGCUACACCGAAGACGGACGACACGAGUGCUCUGCCUAUUAGCUUCACGGUGUGGGUGAACAAGGGCUCGACCGGCAACUUUACGAUAACAGUCGAGUACGAACUCACUGGAGGCGAUGGCCUCAAGGAUGUUUCUGUAGUCAUUCCGUACGCUACAAGCGAGCCGACCGUGUCCAGUUUCGAUGCCAUCUACGAAGUGUCCGGAGACAGCCUCGAGUGGACGAUUGGGACCAUCGACGAAGAUAACGCCAGUGGCUCUUUCGAGUUCGAUGCGGAGGCCGAUGACGAAAACGAAUUCUUCCCCAUGCAAGUGCGAUUCUCGAAGACGACGCCGUUCGUUGACGUCGAAGUCGCAUCGGUUCUCCUGGUAGAAGAAAACGAAGAGGUAACGUUCUCUAAGGAUAUCAAGUCGGUGGCGGAUUCGUACUUGGUCGAGUACGAAUCGCGGCUCGACCCCCCGCCGCACGACGGUCUCCUAACUUACAACCCCAGCAUAGAGCUCUUUGCUGGUGCCGCCGGGCCCGCGUCGCUGCAGAUAUGGAGAUCCAACGGCCAGGUCGUGACGAAAAUCAGCCAGCGCGGUGAACGGGAUACCGUUGAUGCUCUCCGUUGGAAAGCCGACGGGCAGUUCCUGGCUGUGGCGUGGAGCGAUGGCAUAGUUCGGUUGAUGGGCCUGGAAACCAACAAGGCUGUCCAUCAGAUACCAGUAUGUGCGCCGGGCAAGUCCAAGAUCACUUGCAUCGGCUGGGCACGCAACAAUGCAGGGAAGCGUCCCAACCCGCCCACCACAUCGUCUACUACGUUCUGGGAGGACGCUUUAGCUCGAGAGCUUUUCCCCGGCGGCAGGAAAACGACGAUAGACCUCCCUCGCGAGCUGACUUUUCUCGAAGUCGAGACUGCUCUGCCUAAACUUGGCCCUCUACCUGCUUCAGGGGGAUCAGGCGACGAUAUGUUCGUGUUCACCACGAGGGCCUCGUUGGAGUUUCUAUUCCAGCCUUUCUCCCCUCAAGAUAGUGACAAGGUUGAUGUUAUGCUCAUCGGUACAGACGACGGGCAAGUUCAUGUCAGCAUCUACGAUUCGUUUGUCAUUGGGUCGUUCAAAUGUGCCCUGCCGCUGUCUUUUGGGAAGGAUACUGUCGCCAUACAGCUACUCCACCAUACCUCGCAUCCCGACUUAUCCACGCACGUGCUGGCCUUUAAGCCUUCGGGGCAGGACAAAAGCACUUCGCUGUACCUUGUUCCUAUGGAUCUGACAUUCGUAUACUCGUCGCCGGUGAAUUUGUCCCUGCUGGCCUCCAAAACCACAACCCUACAGAAGCUACUGAGAUACGUCAAGCAGGUGCAGAUGCACAUGAUGCACGAGUGGCAGUCAACUCGUGAACUUCCAACUAGAUUUCUCAAUAGUAUCAACGAGACGUUGCGGGAGUCGAAUAAAUAUGGCGAAAUGACUAUCGGGCAAGCGAUGUACCACUCGGUCGUGACAGGCCACACAUUUCCGGAAGUCCAGGAGUGGUUGGUCGAUCAGUUAGCAGAGCGGGGCCACAGGCGGUGGGAUAAAGCGGUCGUGUCGGGGCUCCAGGCGCUCCGGAGCCUUGUCCACGAGAACUUCUUGCCGGCCCUUGAGCGCAUCGGCAUCAUCCUUAGUCGUCUCCUCGGUAUCGCGCGCUUCCACGAGUCAAAAGCCGAGAUCGGAUUUUCCAGCGCGCAGAUUACCAGAAUAAUGGGCAUCGUGUCCUGUCUGAUGUUGGUAGGGAACAAGAUCCUCCUCUUCGUUAUGGAGGAACUGGAGUUGUUCCAGUGCUUCUCAACUUGGCUUCGACACGAGAUUGAUAGGUUGGCUUCAUCGUCGUCAUCGUCCGAUGAGCUAUCCGAAAAAGAGGCCACCAUGGAGCAUGGAAAGAUUCUAGCCUAUAUACAACAGUAUUUGGCCGCGAGCCCUCUACGAUUUCACCUUGAUGCUAUAGCUGCCAACCAUUCAGAGAAAGGCCGGCAGCAAGCCGAAAGUGGCAGCGCUCUCUUGGAAUUACUCACCAAGCAGCUCAAGAAGCAGGAGUCCGGGCAACCGGACGAAAGCGUAUUCUCGCAGAUCGAAUUCCUGUGCGGAUACCUGAGGGACAAGGCCGAAGCAAUCUUCAACGGCAUCGCCGAGGCGGAAAAGCGAAGCUCGAUAUACGUAUUCCGUACGAGCAUGGACGUGCUCAAUGGGAUCAGCGGCCCCGUCACGACCGACGCCACGAGUAUAGUCCUGGGCGGUGGGAAAGUGGUUGAUCUGAAAUUCUUAUAUGACAGUUUACUCGUCUUGUGGCUUUCUCCCGACCGGCAGCAGUUGCGGCUCAUCCGCGUGCCACACAAGUCCGAAGACCUAGGGUACCGCGCCUAUUCCCGGGGGAAUGAGCCGGUAGACGCGAGCGCGGAGAGGGUGACGCCAGUCCACGUCCUCAGCGACGAGCAGGUCGCCAGCGCCUUCGCGAACGCGGUGGUGCCGCCGGAGCCGGGCUUCACGCCGGCGCAGAUGGAGGUCAGGGAGGCGAGCUCCGAGCGCGGCAAGCUGCCGGCCCGGAUCUGCCUGCUCGGCGCCGACGCGCGUACGUAUCGGGUCUUUGCGCUGCCAGAGGACGGCCCGUUUGGGGAGGCUGCCACGAGUUGA